AUGUACAGCACCACAAUCAGUCAAGUACUAUAAGUUUUGUUGAAAUUUUUAAGUGACUCAAUUUGAUGACAAUACCUAACAUUAAUUUUUUAUUCUCAGUAAGUUGAUGUUUUGUUGCAGAGGCCUUGAAAACGUCUCAAUUCUGAGUCAAACUGUCAACAAAGUAAAGCUUUUGGCACAGAGGUUGGGAACUUCAUUUCAAAGUUUGCCAUCAUUUUAAUUGGUUUGUUGACUUUAACGAUGUUUUGACUUUGCAAUGUAACUGGCACACAAAAAUGAUGUAAAACUGCUGUAACUAUAGCUUUGCAGAACUUAGCUCCAUAACUGCAUGUGCUGUGAUUGAAUAAAAGCAAAAUCAUCCAAGUACAAUCCUGGAUUAGAUUAAGUCUUUCAAACAAGCCAGCCACAUAAUUUAUUAUUGUUUAUCUGGUUCACUCGAAAGCUGGAUUACAAAGUACGUACAGCACUUACCAUAAUGAAGAUAAACACUACAUUCCUUUCCAUGUUGACAUCUUGAUCUGGAGUCUGUCAUCUGACCUGAAGACAAAAUUGAAUGAUCACAUAAGAAACAGUCCAAGUUAAAAGAAGACAAGUAUAGAUUCUUUAACAUUAAUAUUUAGUUUAUCACUUUUAUGAACCAUUAAUUCUUCUAGCAUAGAGUACAAUGUGCAUUGUAGACUAUAACCAGCUUAGGGGGAAACUUCUAAUAACAAUUCAUGGGAUUUCCCCCUUUUCAAAGUUGCCACUGCAUUUUUAAUGAAUACUUAUAUCACUGCAGUGUCUCAAGCCGACAGCUGGUUGUAGCAACACUGUUACGUAAAGAAGUCCAUUAAUUGUAAUUCUCAAUUUAACUGGCAGAAGACUGAUCCAAAUAAAAUGAUGGCCUAUUAUUAAGGCAUCCUGUUCCAUGUUGAGAUAUUAUUUGCUAUGCUUGUUUAUUAAGUCACCUUGUCAAGUCUGUUUGGGUUGGUGGGGGUAUUAUACAAUUAUUUUAUUGUUUAAUUUACAUAAUUAUUCCCAAUAAGGUAGAGAGAGCAUAGAAAUUAUGGCUGUGAGGGUGUAUGUCUUGUAGAGAGCUCCAAGUAAGCUUGUAGAGUAGCUUCACUGAAGGCCCUUUUCAUGCUAUGCAAAAUGUUGUUUGUUUUGCAAAAAAAUUGUUAACAGGAAGCCAUUUCUAGAGCCAACAAUUUUUUUUUACCUACCACAAUUACUUUAUUGUUUAAUUUACAUAAUUAUUCCAAAUAAGGUAGAGAAACCAUAGAUUCUGUUCCUAACAACAGGCUUCCUUACAACACGCAAAUAAAAACUAACAACAUUUCUGGUUUAUUGUGCCGUGGUAGAGCAAACAGGGCCUAAUUUCGGUAGGUACUUGAUUUAUGGGGACAUAUAUUGUACCGACUUAACUUGCAUAAGUUAUACCUUCCCUUUUUUGCUUGGUACCUUGUUACCCUGUCACUCUGUUGCCUUAUUACUCUGUUACUUUGUUACUCUGUUUCCUUGUUACCCUGUUACCUUGUUACGAUGUUACGCCGUUACCUUGUUACCUUGUUAGCCUGUUACCUUGUUACUCUGUUACUCUGUUACCCUGUUACUCUUUUACCUUGUUACCCUGUUACCUUGUUACUCCGUUACCUUGCUACUCUGUUGCCUUGUUACCCUGUUACCUUGUUACUCUGUUACCUUGUUACCUUGAUACUCUGUUACCUUGUUACUCUGUCACCUUGUUACCCUGUUACCUUGUUACUCUGUUACCCUGUUACCUUGUUACUCUGUUACCUUGUUACCUUGAUACUCUGUUACCUUGUUACUCUGUCACCUUGUUACCCUGUUACCUUGUUACUCUGUUACCUUGUUACCCUGUUACCUUGUUACCAUGUUACCCCAUUACCUUGUUACCUUGUUAGCCUGUUACCUUGUUACCCUGUUACGUUGUUACUCUGUUGCCUUGUUACUCUGUUACCUUGUUACCUUGAUACUCUGUUACCUUGUUACUAUGUUACCUUGUUACCCUGUUACCUUGUUACUCUGUUGCGUUGUUACUCUGUUACCUUGUUACCUUGA